AUGGCCACCCCCGCUGCAUCCGACGCGCCGGACAAGGGCCCGACCAUGCUCGCGGUGCUGUGGCCUCUGACCGCAUUUGCAGCCCUGGUCGUGGCCGUCCGCCUGUACAUCCGAGCCAAAAUCCUCCGCAAGCUGUGGAUUGAUGACUGGUUGAUCACCGCUUCGAGCGCUAUAGUCAUCGCCCAAGUGAUCGCCGUUACAGCGGCCGUUCGGCAGGGACUCGGCAGGCACAUCGCGACGCUGAUGCCCGCAGCGGCCGAGCAAGCCAUGCUGGCCGAUGAUAUCGGGUGGAUUUUCGGCGUCCUCUCGUUCUCUCUCCCGAAGCUCGCGGUGGCCGCCCUGCUGGACCGGAUCCUGAUCCCCGGCCCCCGGAUCCGCGUGGCGCUGUGGGGGUUGACGGCACUCAUGGCCGUCAUGGCGGUGGUCAACAUCUUGGUCUUUAUCACCAGCUGUAACCCCCCACGGGCGAUGUGGACGUCCGUGCCGGGCGCGACCUGUCGCAGCAUAAACGUGAUCAUUUCAGUUUCCGCGGCGUGUGGCAGCCUGUCCGCGUUUACCGAUCUGGCCAUGGCGAUUUAUCCCACCAUCCGGCUCUGGCAUCUGCGCAUGUCCCGGCGGAAGAAGAUCGCCCUGUGUGCGGUCUUGGGAUGCGGAGUCUUCUCGGCCUGUGCCGCCUGCGUCAAGUUGUCCUACCUGAAAGCCAUGGAGACCGAGAGCGAUCCAACCUAUGGCCCUUGGUUAUACGUGGUGUUGAACGGUGUCGAAGCCAACCUGGUUGUUCUGGGAUCGUGCAUCCCAACCCUCCAGCCCCUGAUCGAACCCCUGUCGGGCAUGCGCCGCCGCCAGGUGCCCUCCGGCCAGCCCUUGUCCUCCUCCUAUCCCGAGACGAUCGGGCGCUGGAAGAAAACGAAAGUCGCAGUUCGAGCGGAUGAUAGUCUGUGGAAGGACAGCCAGGACGGGAUUCUCCCUGAGGAAUGCUCCCCGACCACAACCACGCGGAUGGAGAUCUAUGGCACAGACCAAGUCAGGGUCGAACAUCAUGCGGUGACGCCCGUUCCGUCCAGGGUUACUGCGGACCCUCCAUCGCCGUAA